AUGCUUAAACUUUACACCCGGAGCCAGCGAGUGUGGACCCGUUCCUGUGCUAGAAAAACCCACAAUUCUGCCAUCCGCAAGUUUUUGAAGGAAAAUGAGGGGAUUGCUGGCUCAACUGUUUACCAAGGGACCUUAUAUGAACACACAGUAGCCAGAGAACUGGCUGAGAAAUUGGCCAUGAAAGAUCUUAAAAUCUGUGGAGGGUCGUACGACGCUGGAAUUGAUAUCCGUGGGACUUGGCCAUUGGACACUAUUUACCAUGCAAACAAAAAAGGUUCUACCAGUGCGGAUACCGUUGCCAAAAAAAUGAGCGUAUGUGGAGCCCAAUUCAAACCGAUUAUACAUAAACUGGAGACCCAAAAAACGACUUUCAAGCCCUUGAACGUGCUUGUUCAGUGCAAAGCGUUUAGCAGUGCCAAGAUAACAGGCAAAGAAGUUCGAGAAACAAUGGGUGCCUUUUCCUCUGCGGUCCCCGGCAGCAAGAGAAACCAGUACAUGCUAGUGCUGGGAUCACCCAAUUUUUUGACGCGGGACGGGCUGAAUGUCAUGAACGGUUUGGCGAUCCCGUUGAUCUACGUUAGAGUCGACAUGUUGAAGCGACACCAGGGCUGGUAUGAUGUGGAAAAUUCCGGCAAGCUACAAAACUAUUAUGAAAACGAAUACGCUGCGGGGCUCUUGCAGGGCUGUGGCAUUUCCCAUUGGCUCAAGUUUCGACAAUACAAUCGGACUUCUUGA